GUGGGUCUUGACGACACUCAACGGUGCAAGCUACUGUUGAAAUUCCAGUGCUAACCAACUUUAGCCAGCUUGCUAACAUGUAAUUUAGCGAAUUUGAAGAACCACAUAUACAGCGCUUUUGUGGAUUUAAAUGCAUAGGCUUAUAUAAUGUUUAAUGUCUAAUAGAGGAAUAUUGGAGUGUCGUCUUGAUGUUUUGUACUGCGCGUGCCUCCGUUACUGUACCCAGAACAUGUCCAGUUAGCCAGAGCGCAGUAAUCGGUGGAUAACGAACCUGGCAAGCUAACCAACCUGCCCGUUUGGACUGGGUACUGCGUUGAGGGAUUUGAACAGGUUUCAUCGCCUAGAGGACAGCAAAGCCGGAUGCUGUGACUACCAUGAGUCCCGCAGGCUGUCCCCAUGUCAACAGCUUCAAAGUGGACAACUGGAAGCAGAACCUACGGGUUAUUUAUCAGUGCUUCGUGUGGAGCGGGUCAGCCGAGACCAGAAAACGCAAGGCCAAGUCAUGUAUCUGCCACAUGUGUGGCGCCCACCUCAACAGACUCCACUCCUGCCUCUACUGCGUCUUCUUCGCCUGCUUUGCCAAAAAACACAUCCACGAGCAUGCCAAGAGCAAAAGGCAUAACCUAGCGAUUGACCUGCUGUAUGGAGGAAUUUACUGUUUUAUGUGCCAAGACUACAUUUAUGACAAAGACAUGGAACAGAUUGCCAAAGAAGAACAGAGGAAAGCCUGGAAAAUGCAAGGUAUAGGGGAGAAGUACUCAACGUGGGAGCCCACCAAGAGGGAGCUAGAGCUCCUCCGCCACAACCCCAAGAGGAGGAGAAUCACUUCCAACUGUACUAUUGGCCUGCGAGGUCUGAUAAACCUGGGCAACACAUGCUUCAUGAACUGCAUUGUCCAGGCGCUGACACACACCCCGCUGUUACGCGACUUCUUCCUGUCCGACCGGCACAAAUGUGAGAUGCAGAGCAACUCCUGUUUGGUGUGUGAGAUGUCGCAACUCUUCCAGGAGUUCUACUCAGGCCAUCGGUCGCCACACAUCCCCUUCCGUCUUCUUCACCUGGUGUGGACUCACGCCCGUCACCUUGCCGGCUACGAGCAGCAGGACGCCCACGAGUUCCUCAUCGCAGCGCUGGACGUCCUGCACCGACACUGCAAAGACGACAACGGGAAGAAAGCCAACAACCCCAACCACUGCAACUGCAUCAUCGACCAAAUCUUCACAGGGGGCCUGCAGUCUGACGUCACCUGUCAAGUCUGCCAUGGUGUUUCGACAACCAUAGACCCGUUCUGGGACAUCAGCCUGGACCUGCCAGGCUCCUCCACCCCAUUCUGGCCCCUCAGCCCCGGGGGAGACGGAUCAGCACUUAAUGGAGAGAGUCACACCACUGGAGCCACGACGCUCACGGACUGUCUACGCAGGUUCACCAGGCCAGAGCACCUCGGCAGCAGCGCUAAGAUCAAGUGCAGCGGUUGCCAUAGUUACCAGGAGUCCACCAAGCAGCUGACCAUGAAGAAGCUGCCCAUCGUGGCCUGCUUUCACCUCAAAAGGUUUGAGCAUUCAGCCAAACUGCGGCGGAAGAUCACAACCUACGUCUCCUUCCCGUUGGAGCUGGACAUGACCCCCUUCAUGGCCUCAAGCAAAGAAAGCCGGAUGAACGGGCAGUACCAGCAGACCGUGGACCCCUUCAACAAUGACAACAAGUAUAGCUUAUUUGCAGUGGUGAACCACCAGGGGACACUAGAGAGCGGCCAUUACACCACCUUCAUCCGCCAGCAGAAGGACCAGUGGUUCAAAUGCGACGAUGCCAUUAUCACCAAGGCCAGCAUCAAGGACGUCCUGGAUAGCGAGGGGUACCUUUUGUUUUACCACAAACAGUUCCUGGAGUACGAAUAGUUCCCUCCGUUAGCAUCCGCAGCCUGCAGGAGGAGACGAGGGAUGGUGUAAGGAUUAGUUGCAUGGGGAAAAAGGUAACAGAGUGAGGAGAGAGGCAUGGAAACACAAACACGAGCCUACCUGAAUCACUCUUAAGUUGCAACUCUCACUCGAACAUGGAACCAUCCUUACUACAUACCAGUCUAGUUCCACCAUACGGCAUUCAACAAAGAACUGUCUGCUCUGCAGGAUAGUGCAAAAGUGCAAGAAACUAACAAAAUGCAAGAAAUUUGAAUGGGCCCUGAAGGAAAAUAACGCACUUGCAUACGUUUUUCACUUGAAUUCAGGGGAUGAAGAAGAAAGCACCUGUGAUAAUCUGUCAAAAGAACUACAGAAUCAGUCUGUACUUGCUCUCAUAAAAUAGAGGAAUAGUGUCGUAUCCCUACUUUUUUUCUCUGUGUCUGACAGAUUUAUUUUUGGGGGGGGGUGUCUUGAUCACAAAUGCUGUUCUUCACCAACGUCCUGUUUCGUGCUCUCACAUAUGCGUUUAGCGACACCUGAAGAGUCGCGGCCUUCCAAGGGGGUCCGCGGCUCUUGCUAUAGCGCAGAAAAUGUUUUGUUUUUCAUUCCCUUUACCUAAACUGGCAACUUUUUUGGACACAAGCACACUUGUUUAACUCACCCACACUGCUCCAAACGACCAAAAAUAUCAAGGCGGGAAGUUGUCUUAUUAUGCAUUCUAGUUCCGAAUGCGAAGAAUGGGGGGAGAAAAAAAAAUCACCUGACAAAUGAAGUAUUAUGAACAUUGUAUAGAGCGACAGUUAAUUCCAUUCAUUACUCGUGAGUCUGUAGCUGUCAGUCACGUACGUUUAAGAAACAUCUUCUUUCAAGGAUGAGGACACAAAGGAUCUGUGAUUUUCUGCCUCUCAUGCUGCUUCCAACAGAGGGGGAAAUAAAGGGCACGGUGAAUAUUAUAUUUUUAUACAUACUGCAAUUAAAACGUUUGUUUACGGUUUUGCAUUCUCCUUAAACUCGCACAUUUCUGCCUGUGUUACAUUGUGCCGUCAAUCAUAGUUUGUUGUACACAAAAAAAGAAAUGGCUAAAUAGUGCUGAUCAUGUUCACGAAACUGCUGCUACGGUGGCUUCAUUUUUUAUUUUUAUUUUUUAAAUUUUUUAUGUUGAAUGUUUUUGUUUUUCAAGCUUAGUUCGGCUACAUUUUGUCACAGUUUUUGCCAGUACAGAGGCAUAUUCUCCAUGUUCAAGAUACGUUGUCAUGAUGACGUUUCAGGUAAAUGGCAAAAGAAGAAAUGGAGCAGAGUGUUAUUCUCAAAACAGUGUGUAUAAUGGGUCAGAAGCUCGAUCCUGCAGUGUUAACCGUCGGCUGCAUGUUGCUCUAAUUCUGUGUGUUUGUAUGUGUGUGUGUGAUUGUGGGUGUGCAUGUGUAUGCGCCCGAGGAAGGGGGAGGGGUGUAAAAAGCUCAGCGUUGGUGUGUUUGUAUAAAAUGUGUUAGUGCGUGAAAAGAGACAAAAAAAAAGUGCGUGUGUGUCCCUGUUUGUAUGCACGUGUGUCGUGCGCGUGCAUAUAUAGCGUAUGUUCGUGUACUGAAUCAGUACUUGCAUUCAGCAUGCCGUCUGAGCUGGGUAUCACAGUUUGAUAGGAUUCUUUCCACAUGUUGAUGAUGUAUGUAAAAGUAUAUAUGUACAGUUUGUAUGUAAGAGACAAAUGGUGAAACCUCAAAGUCAAACAUUUUGUUCUUCUAUAUUGCUGGAUCCGGGACGGGGGGAGGGGGGGGAUCAGAAGAGACUUGUCUGGACCUAGUCAGUCAUUCCUCGCACACACAAACGUAACUGCUGCAAGAACUGGACACAGUGAUUGAAAGACACUCAAAUAAAGAAAUAUCUAUAUCUGUA